AGCUCAAUAUACUUUUAAGAUUUAAUUGAGUGUCUGCUUUGUGAAAUCGGUGUCUACACACGGGAUGAACUUCAGAGAGUUUUUUUCCAGGAACAAAUGUUGAAGUAUCCAAUCAGGUUGUUGUAUGCAAAUAUGAGAUCAAUUGUUCAAGUUACUGUGGAAGAUUAAAAGUUGAGAACAGAGUCAAGAAACAAUAUUCUCAUUCGUUUGUGUAACUUGCAUCACCUGUCUUUUAGGAAUUAAGUUUACCAUGUCCAACGCAUCAGGAGGAAACAGUGGCAACUUCUCAGGUCUUCCUACACCAAUCAAUGAUUUGGAAAUCAAGUACACCAAGAUAUUUAUAAACAAUGAGUGGCAUGACUCAGUUUGUCACAGGAAAAUCCCAGUAUUCAAUCCUGCGACUGAGGAGAAGAUAUGUGAUGUAGAAGAAGGUGACAAGGAGGAUAUUGACAAGGCUGUGAAGGCUGCGAAACGUGCAUUUCAAAUUGGAUCAACAUGGCGUAAAAUGGAUGCUUCAGAAAGGGGAAGGCUGUUAAAUAAACUGGCUGACCUAAUUGAAAGAGAUCGUUUAACUUUAAGUACAAUGGAAUCUAUUGACUCUGGAAAACCAUUCCUCGCUACCUACAUGCUUGAUCUGGCUGCUUGCAUUAAAAUAUUGCGUUACUAUGCAGGGUGGGCAGACAAAAUCCAAGGUCGCACCAUCCCAGUUGAUGGUAACUAUUUCACCUUUACCAAACAUGAGCCGGUAGGAGUAUGUGGACAAAUAAUACCGUGGAAUUUCCCCUUGCUUAUGUUCGCUUGGAAGAUCGCACCUUCACUUUGCUGUGGCAACACUGUUGUAAUAAAGCCAGCUGAGCAGACCCCUCUUACAGCCAUUUACAUGGGAGCAUUAAUUAAAGAGGCAGGAUUUCCUCCUGGGGUGGUGAACAUUGUGCCCGGAUAUGGCUCAACAGCUGGCGCUGCAAUUGCUAACCAUAUGGAGAUUGACAAAGUGGCAUUCACAGGAUCUACAGAGGUUGGAAAACUUAUCCAGCAAGCUGCUGGAAUGAGUAACUUAAAGCGGGUGACACUGGAACUUGGAGGCAAAAGUCCCAACAUCAUAUUUGCAGACACAGACUUGGACUAUGCAGUAGAACAAGCCCACCAUGGAUUGUUCUUUAACCAGGGCCAGUGCUGCGUAGCAGGAUCACGGAUAUUCGUGGAGGAGCUGAUCUAUGACGAAUUUGUUCAAAAGAGUGUAGAAAGGGCUAAAAAGCGUGUCCUUGGGAACCCACUUGUACCUGGAGUAGAUCAAGGACCUCAGAUUGACAAACAACAGUAUGAGAAAAUUCUUGAAUUAAUUGAAAGUGGAAAGAAAGAAGGUGCCAAGCUGGAGUGCGGAGGGGCAUCAUGGGGAGAUAAAGGUUUCUUCAUCCAGCCAACCGUUUUCUCCAAUGUCACGGAUGAAAUGCGUAUUGCAAAAGAGGAGAUAUUUGGACCAGUACAACAAAUUAUGAAGUUUAAAACAGUAGAUGAAGUAAUCAGAAGAGCAAAUAAUACUCAUUAUGGACUGGUAGCAGGAGUCUUUACAAAAGAUAUUAACAAAGCAUUCACACUUGCUUCAGCUCUGCAAGCUGGAAGUAUAUGGAUUAACUGUUAUAAUGCUGUGACUCCACAAAGCCCCUUUGGUGGGUACAAAAUGUCAGGGAAUGGACGAGAAUUGGGAGAGUAUGGGCUUGAAGAAUACACAGAAAUUAAGACUGUUACUAUAAGAAUACCAGAGAAAAACUCCUAGCACUGUGAUUGGACUGGUUCAAAGCUCUCUUGGAUUUAGAACUGAAUAUAUAACAAGAAAGCAAGACUUCUGUAUGAUGGUGUUUAAUCUUAAAAAUAAAAACAACCUUUUCAGUCAGACGUGAUAAUAGAAUACAAGGUGUGAGACUGCAUCAUUUGAAGGAGUAGUGCUAACACUUUAGAAAUACUUCACAGAAUUGUAAGAACAGCAAAAUGGUAUCUGUUUCUGCAGAAGAUGUCUGUUAAUAUGUCAUAAUUUGGCAUUAUUGUGAAUUGAAAUGUUUCCAUCACGUGAGUUUCUUUGCAGGCACAACUAUCAGUAAAAGUCAAAUGUCUUUAAGAUUCAGUGUUCUAUGUUAUAAAAUGAAUACAAAUAAAAUAAUACCUUAAUGAUGCACAUAGGUAGUGCUUUCAGUGGUAACAUCAUCUAUCAUUUUAUCUUCAUAUGUUAAAAAACAGCACAGUUAAAGGCUUAACAGUAUAAUCAAAGUAUGAAAAUACAGACUUGACUACUUUGCAUUACUAGAGCAAAGAAGGUUGUUCCAGUUUAUGUUGCUGACAGAAAUAAAAUAUUGAAAAAUCUUAA